UUCCUGAAUUUUAAGAAGAUGGGAGUAUUCACGUUCGUGUGCAGACAUGGCGGCGGAUCAUGGACCGCGAAGCAACACGAGGGUGACCUUGAGGCUUCCGCUUCUUCUACCUACGAGCUCGUGCGCAAGCUCGUCCAAACUGCUCUCUCCGCCGAUUCACCCGGUGGCGUUCAGUCUUCGUUUUCUCUUGUCUCCCCUACCUCGGCCGUAUGCCAGGUAAUUGUCGGUGGUGCUGUUGGUGGAGGAUUCUCUGCUGGAGGAGCGGCCUCAGGUGGUGGUGGAGGUGGUGCAGGUGACUCUGCAGCUGCCCCUAAGGAAGAUGAGAAGAAGAAAGAAGAAUCAGAAGAGGAAGAAGGAGACUUCGGAUUCGAUCUCUUUGGUUAAUAUGGAAAUUGUAACUUGGAGGAGGUUUUAGUUUGAGCUUCCAAUUUUUGUGGGGUGUUUCUUCUACUGUCAUGUGAUAUGCUACUUUGCUUUAAUUCUAUUCAAUGACAAGUUUCUCUUUCGAUCA